UGCUACAGCUGCUGCUGCUGCUGCUGCCGCUGCCGUAGCGGCGGCACCGAGCGGGAGGCGAGCUGUUCUGGAGGGGACCGCCCCGGGGGCGGGGCUGGCGCCGCGAGUCCCCACCGCCUCGGGAGCCCGGGUCCUCCCUGGGGCGCGGCGAGUACAGGCGCCUCGGGCUCGCGACCGCAUCCCUGCAGGCACCGCGCGCCGCUCGUGUUGGGGACGGAGGCAGCCCCGGCUCCCGGGCAACACCAGGCCCGUCCGCGCCGGCGCGUGGGCCGCGCGCGCUCCCGAAAGGGAGAGGUGCGCGCCGGAGCGAGAGCGCGGCGGCGGCGGCGGCGGCGAAGGCGGCCGAGCGGGGGGCGGGGCCGCGGCGCCUGCAGAACCUUGGACAGUAGCUCCGGAGCCGCCGCCACCGCCGAGCGCGAGCCCCGCCGAGCCCCGCCGAGCGCCGGGACCGAGGCGCGCAUUGCGGAGGGCGCCGAGCGCAGGAGCCGUCGCCUGUUGGAUCCGAAGGGGCAGCACGCUUCCCCGGGAGCGCCCUCUCAUCCCCCCGGAGGCCGCCGCGGGCUCGGUGAGCUGUCUUUUCCCUCGGGCCGGCAGGCUGGGCGCGCAGGAGCGCGGGCCCCCGCCCGGCGCGCAGCGGCACCAUGGGCACGGUGCUGUCCCUGUCCCCCAGCUACCGCAAGGCCACGCUGUUUGAGGAUGGCGCCGCCACGGUGGGCCACUACACGGCCGUCCAGAAUAGCAAGAAUGCCAAGGACAAGAACCUGAAGCGGCACUCCAUCAUCUCCGUGCUGCCUUGGAAGAGGAUCGUGGCUGUCUCGGCCAAGAAGAAAAACUCCAAGAAGGUGCAGCCCAACGGCAGCUACCAGAACAACAUCACGCACCUCAACAAUGAGAACCUGAAGAAGUCGCUGUCGUGCGCCAACCUGUCCACCUUCGCCCAGCCCCCACCGGCCCAGCCGCCUGCGCCUCCUGCCAGCCAGCUGUCGGGCUCCCAGACCGGGGUCUCCUCCUCUGUCAAGAAGGCCCCGCACCCCGCCGUCACCUCCGCAGGGACGCCCAAACGUGUCAUCGUCCAAGCGUCCACCAGCGAGCUGCUGCGCUGCCUGGGCGAGUUUCUCUGCCGCCGGUGCUACCGCUUGAAGCACCUGUCCCCCACGGACCCUGUGCUCUGGCUGCGCAGCGUGGACCGCUCGCUGCUUCUGCAGGGCUGGCAGGAUCAGGGCUUCAUCACGCCGGCCAACGUGGUCUUCCUCUACAUGCUCUGCAGGGACGUGAUCUCCUCCGAGGUGGGCUCCGACCAUGAGCUCCAGGCCGUGCUGCUGACCUGCCUGUACCUCUCCUACUCCUACAUGGGCAACGAGAUCUCUUACCCGCUCAAGCCUUUCCUGGUGGAGAGCUGCAAGGAGGCCUUUUGGGACAGAUGCCUGUCCGUCAUCAACCUCAUGAGCUCCAAGAUGCUGCAGAUCAAUGCUGACCCACACUACUUCACACAGGUGUUCUCCGACUUGAAGAACGAGAGUGGUCAGGAAGACAAGAAGCGGCUCCUCCUGGGGCUGGACCGGUGAGCCCUGUGGCCGACAUCAUGGCUCAAGGAUUCAGUUCACUUACAGACACUUAGUAUUCAACAAACCAGAUUUUAUGUACCAUAUGUGUCCAGCAAAGCCACCGAGGGCCACUCCCAGCCCACCUUCUCUCCUCGGGAUUUUCUCCAGCCCUGCCAAGAACUCGGGGCACUUUUGAACUCCUGAACCUUGUGGAAACCCAGGAGAUGUAUUCAGAGCCACCCAGGUCCCUGACCUUCUACUUUGGGGGAUUCAAAGGACUGACUUGCGUUUGCCACCUGAGCCCUUGCUGGACCAGGGCAGGUGAGGCUGUCUGCUGCUCCCUGUACUGGGGCUGGGGAGGUGCCUCUAGCGUGUUGGCCCAGGGAGGGAUUGGCGCUCCUGGUUGGGGGCCCUUUUCUGGCUCCUGCUUUGAGUUGUCUCUUCCCCCAGAGGAGCAGCCACCCUGACCGAGCCGCAGGUGGGGUUGCGAGGCAAGAUGCUUCCCUAAUCCAGGAGCUGCCGGCCUGGUGCAAAGAUCCCAUCCUGUUGUUUGGCUGCCCACGGCCCUGGUUUGCUCUUUUUUCUUUUUUUAGGGAGAAGGGCUUUCCUUUAGUGGAGACACAGAGCUUGCCUCUCAGUCCCCUGUCCCACUCCCAACCCUGUUGGCAAUGAGCUGGUUUGACUCAUUAAGUUCUUUUUUUUGGGUCCCAGCUAAAGAGGUGGGGUGAAGCUGGGGGCCACUCCUUUCCUGCUGAGUGUUUCGUUUGGAUAAUGCAGCUUAGUCACCCCGUGGUGAAGGCCAGGACUGCUGCAGGUGUCUGUCAUCAGCUGCUCGCCUUGUGGGGGUGCCGUGCCUGAGACCGAGCCAAGGCCCGCACAGCGCCUAAGGCCUCUUCUUGUGGGUGCAAGUAAUUGUUCUGCAGAGCUCGGGAGUGGGGUGUGGUAAUGAUAUACCCCUGCCCCCACCCGUAGCCCUUUUAAUUCAAAGCUGUUUCCAGACAGUUCUGAAGACGAAGCCUUGCCCCGCAAGGCCGAGUGAGACAGCUGGAUCUCGGAGACAAUUACCAGACAGGAGUGGGACUGCUCAUUGCUUUGGAAGCCUCUGAUUCUGCAGCUGAGCAUUUGCAGCUGCUGGUUUUGGUUUCCACUGUGGUCGCUGUGAAAACACAUGAUGGUACUUAAUCAAUUUUCUUUCUAAUUCUCCCAGAUUGGUGGCUUGGGACGUGGGAGAGGACUCAGAGAAGGGAGUGAAGUGAGUCUUCUUCCACAGCCCAUCAUUCUGGUUUUGGGGAACAAAGACCAGUGUGAAGGCUACAGAGAAUUCUCUCUUCCCAGUUCCCCAGGGAGUGCUGGAAUGGGGGGCUUAGGGGGAGGCCGAGGGUCAUUUUACAUAGGAUUAGGUCCCAGGUGGCUGCGAUUUUUUCAGCACAAGCACUACUGAAAUUAACAUAAAAAGGAACAAGCUGUGAAAUUGAGGACCCGGUUCAAGCGGCCUGGAGCAGAGCCUGCCGCC